AUGGGUUACGGUGUCAUGCCAUAUGCAGUCAAAUUGGACGCCCUGAGAAGUAUGGCUGGAUCCAAAGAUGCCGGCUUUAUGAAUUCUGUCCGAUUGCGAGUCGAGGACGAUGACGAAGAUGAUGCAAAGACAGCCGCCGAGUGCAACCGACAACUAAUCAUGGGUUUGGCCGAAGGAGAAUCCUACGAAUCAUCUUGUAGUCACAAGUACUACUAUGUAUUGGAAUGCUGGUGCGAUGCUUUUGGCCACUUCUUAACAAAUUGGAACCAUUCGCCCAUGAGAUACAGUUGGUUUGACACCAUUCAGGAGAAAGUCAAGGAAUCCGGUUUCAAGGUAACCCUGCCCGGAGAUUUGAUUUACAGAUACGACAUAUUGAAAGGGCUUCCGACACCAGCUGACUUUCCUUGUGUUGGAACUCUCGAAUUGGCAAAGAUGCCAAAGAUUUCAAGCAUUUUGAAGAACAAUAUUGCCAAGGUCAAGGAUAGCAAUGUGCAAGAUGCCUUGAAAGAGUAUCACGGUUGGUUAGAACAUUGUAUUGAAGCCAAGACGGAUCUUGUUCUCUGCUAUUAUUGA